CUCUUGUACUUCCUAUUAUCAGGGCGGAGAACCUGGUUUCUGUCGUCAUGCGGUCUGACAUUGCUUCUUGUCUGUCUUUUUCUUUCUUUCGAGCUGUUGUAUCCAUUGCCAGCCAUUUUCCUUGAACCCUGUACAUUUCUUCAAUUCAACCCUAACAUAUCCAAUCCAAUACAGACGUUCGCUCACAAUGUUGCGAUGGUAUGCGGCCAAGAUGGCCCAGCGGCCUCUGCUCACGUCGAGCAUAACCACCGCGACUCUCUUCGGAGCCGGUGAUGUUCUAGCCCAACAGGCUGUCGACAAGAAGGGCUUCGACAAGCAUGAUUACGCUCGAACAGGUCGCAUGGUUCUCUACGGUGGAGCAAUCUUUGGCCCUGCUGCUUCAGCCUGGUACGGCGUUCUCCAGCGCCAUGUUGUUCUCAAGAACACAGCCACCACAGUCGUUGCUCGUGUCGCGGCCGAUCAGUUGAUCUUUACACCCGUCAACUUGUUCUGUUUCCUGUCGUCGAUGUCUAUUAUGGAGGGCUCCGACCCGAUGGAGAAACUGCGCAAGGCCUACUGGUCUACAUACAAGACCAACUUGGGUGUAUGGUCAACCGUUCAACUCGGCAACUUUGCUCUUGUUCCUUUGGAGUACCGGGUGCUGGUCGUCAACGUGGUCAGCUUGGGAUGGAACUGCUACUUGAGCUUUGUCAACAGCAAGGCCUAAAUGUUGAUUGAUAUCGAUAUAGAUUCGGUGUUGUUAUUUUAUAGAUACACUGAGAUAGAGGGUUCUGCUUGUCUUCCGUGGUUUGGGUUUAGCGAUCGGUCUGUCAGUCUAGUACUGUAUUAUUGUAUUUCUUGAAUAUAUCGUCAGGCUUUUGGCGCACAUGUAAUGCGAGCAAAUAUAUAAAUAAGACGAGCGGAUUUGACCGGUGAAUUGCUCGCUAUAAAGAACAUAAAAAGAAAUAAAAGACUAAAA